CGGGCCGGCUGGGAACGAGGCUCGGGCCGCCGCCCAGGUGUGCGUGGCAGGAACAUGUGCGCGGCCGGCCCAGGUGGCCGCCGCUGGGCCCAGGUGUCCCGCGUCGUCUCGUUCAGCGCGACUCACCGGCUCCACAGCAAAUGUCUGAGUAAUGAAGAAAAUUUGAAACUUUUUGGGAAAUGCAACAAUCCAAAUGGCCAUGGUCACAAUUAUAAAGUUGUGGUAACAGUACACGGAGAGAUUGAUCCUGUUACAGGAAUGGUUAUGAAUUUGACUGAUCUCAAAGAGUACAUGGAGGAGGCAAUUAUGAAACCCCUUGAUCAUAAGAAUCUGGAUCUGGAUGUGCCAUACUUUGCAGAUAUUGUAAGCACGACAGAAAAUGUGGCUGUAUAUAUCUGGGAAAACCUCCAGAAACUUCUUCCUGUGGGAGUUCUUUAUAAAGUAAAAAUCUAUGAAACUGACAAUAAUAUUGUGGUCUAUAAAGGAGAAUAGCUCCUUGGAGUUGAUAACCAUAGAAAGACUCAGUUUCUUUCCAAAUUUGAGAAAAGAUCAUUGUUCCUUUGAAUUAUUAAGAAGUAAUUCCUAGUUACUGCACCUCCACACUGAGUUCUGGAGAGCUCGGUUUAUUGAAAUCAUUGUAAGAUCUAUUUUGAAUCAGUCUAUGUUAAAACGACAUUUGCAAUGUAUCCUGAGUAACAUUUAGAGAAUCUUUUAUUUAUUGAUUAAAAAUCACUUUAUUUUUUAUCAAAAUGAUUUGAUAUGGAAUUAUUUGGAAGCAAAAGAAGUCUGGGUUUUUUUUU